CGGGCGUGUAAGUGGUGUUGGUGUGUGUCUUUUUGCGGCCAUCGCCAGAAUCUGGGCUAUGCGAGAAGUCUCUCAUGGAGAAUGUCACUGCUGCCGUUUUCUACUGCGACAUCGAACAUGAACGCCUCCCCCCCGGUCUUUCGUCUCCCCUUGUAUAUAACACUGGGGGACCGCACGGGUUCCUCAUGAUGUUUAUUCUUUCUCGGUAUCCCUCUAUCAAGGUGCUUCAGUAUCCUAAUAAAGAAAGCCUAAGAGCACUCAUUUAUCUCUUAGGUUGUUUUCGAGUUUGUUUGUUUUCCUUGAAGACAAUCUUUUGAGAGUAGUCGACUAUUACGACUUACAUCAACCUAAUCACUGGGUUUAUUAGUAAUAUCUUUCUUUUCCAUUUUCUCAGUAUCGACACGAGUCAUCAUGCGUUGGACUCCUGUUGUACUAGCAACCCUUGCAGGGCUACAAGCAGCUCAUGCUCACGACGAGGAUGAAGUCCCUCACCCGAACUUGGUAUUGCCUCGUCUUCGCGAUAUCGACGAGCUGAGACAGAGACGGAAUGCUUUUGAGCCCUGGAACCCGCCGACGGUAGCCAACAAGCCACGCGCGGACCGCGUGAAACUCAGCCCUCGCCAGACGUCAUCAAUCCCGUUGGGAGACAACUCGCAGUGUGGAGGAUCAUAUGGCAGAUGUGCGGAUGGAUACUGCUGUUCAGCUUCUGGAUGGUGUGGUCAGUCUGAGCAAUACUGUGCGUCCCCCGAUUGCCAAAUCAACUACGGUCCUGCGUGCGACGGCAAUGAGAAGCCCAAUGGUCCGGAUACCUCAGAUUACGCAAGGCCAAAGAACGGCAACAUUCCCUACGGUGGCGUUGGUAUCUACGCUUGCGUCAACCAGGGUGAUGUCGCCAUCACAUACGAUGACGGUCCUUACAUCUACACCGCUGCCAUGUUGGAUGCCUUCAAGGCCCACGGUGCCGUCGCUACUUGGUUCAUCACGGGCAACAACAUCGGCAAGGGCAUGAUCAAUGUUAACUACCGCGAUGUCAUCACACGAAUGAUUGCAGAUGGUCACCAGGUUGCCAGCCACACAUGGUCCCACGAGAACUUGGACCAGUUGACGCUCGCCCAGCGCAAGAACCAGAUGGUCUACAACGAGAUUGCGUUCAUGGACAUCCUCGGAUUCUUCCCUACCUACAUGCGUCCGCCUUAUUCCAUCUGCGGAGCCGAGUGCCAGGGACAGAUGGCCGACCUGGGCUACCACAUCACCUACUUCGAUCUCGACACUCAGGGCUACCUCCACACCCAGGCCGACCAGAUCCAGUUCAGCGUGAACCUGUGGGAUCAAGCCAUGCUGGCCCGCACGCCUUGCAACGGCAGCUACCUGCACAUCGAGCACGACAUCCACCAGUACAUUGCCACGACCCUGACGAACCACAUCCUCGACUCCGUCGUCGCCAACGGCUGGAACGCCGUCACCGUCGGUACCUGCCUCGGCGACCCCCCAGAGAACUGGUACCGUGGUGCCGUCCCGGCCUACAACUUCCAGAUCACCCCCGUCAGCUCAAAGGUCUGCUCCAGCACCUCCAGCUCGUCCAGCUCGACCAAGACGUCUUCGUCGUCCACCCGCACCUCAUCCGCCACCUCCACCUCGACGGCCGUCUCCACCAACGGCCAGUGCGGUUCUACCGUCGGCUUCACCUGCCAGGGCUCCGCCUACGGAAACUGCUGCUCCGGUGCCGGAUGGUGCGGUUCCAGCUCCGUCUACUGCGGCACGAGCUGCCAGUCCAAGUACGGCACCUGCGGAAGCUCAGCAUCCAACACUACUUCAUCUUCGAGCAGUGGCACCUCAUCAGGUAGGACCUCUUCUUCUUCGUCCACCCGCAGCGGCACCAGCAGCAGCGGCAGCUCCUCUCGCACCGGCACGUCGAGCUCCAGCUCCCGCACCGGUACCAGUAGCAGCUCGUCUCGCACUGGUACCAGCAGCAGUUCGUCUCGCACUGGUACCAGCAGUAGUUCAUCUCGAACCGGCACCUCCAGCUCGUCCACUCGCAGCGGAUCAUCAUCAUCGUCUAACACUCGCUCGUCCUCAGGCUCCUCCUCAGGCACCGGCACGGCGUCCGCCUCCAGCUCCGCCGCCUCAUCCACCUCGACGCUUCCCGUUUCCACCGGCGGUGACUGUGGUGCCGCCAGCGGAAAGCAGUGCUUCGGCUCGACCUUCGGUAACUGCUGCUCCGUCUACAACUACUGCGGAAGCACCGAUGCCCACUGCGGAACAGGCUGCCAGUCUGCCUUCGGCACCUGCAACAGCACAUCAUCCGCCUCUGGCAGCUCCUCUUCGAGCGGCGCCAGCUCUUCCGGUGCGGCCAGCAGCUCCGGCUCAGCCAUCGCCAGCGGCACAUCCUCGGCCUCCGCCGUCCUCCCUAGCACCUCCCUCAUCUCCACCGAUGGCUCAUGCGGUGCCGCGGCCGGCAAGUCCUGCACGGGAAGCACCUUCGGCACAUGCUGCUCCGUUUACAACUACUGCGGCACCACCGACGCCCACUGCGGCACGGGCUGCCAACCAGGCUACGGCUCCUGCAACGGCACGACCGCCGCUUCGAGCUCAGGCGCCGCCGCGGGCUCCUCCUCCUCCGCGGCAACCCCCGCCUCCUCCGGCGCCGCAGGCGGCAGCACGACCGCCAACGCCGCCGCCGCGACAAACACAAACAUCUCCAAGAACGGCGAGUGCGCCGGCACGAACGGCUACAACUGCCUCGGCUCCAACUUUGGCGACUGCUGCUCCCCGUACAACUACUGCGGCAACACCACCGCCCACUGCGACACGGGCUGCCAGUCCGGCUUCGGCAAGUGCUCUGGCACGGGCGUCAACGUCGCCGUCUCGCUCAACGGCAACUGCGGCUCCACGAACGGCGGGUCGACCUGCGCCGGCUCGACGUUUGGCAACUGCUGCUCGGCGUACGGAUACUGCGGUAGCACGUCUGCUUUCUGUGGCACGGGCUGCCAGUCUGGAUACGGUACCUGUGAUACUUCUUCCGGGUCCGGUACUACCGCCGCAACACCCGCGGCCACGUCCGCGGCAGCAUCUACCGUCAAGACGGUCAGCACCAUCGGCGCGGCCUGCGGUUCGGCUGCCAAUGCCAAAUGUGGUGACGGGUUCUGCUGUACGGCGCUCAACGUAUGCGCCACCAGCAAGCUACUGCUUAUCACGAAUCCGGCUUGUUAUGCCGCUGUGGGUUGCCAGACGAGUUGGAGUAGCAGUUGUGCUUAAACAACGUUUGUAAUGCAUAAUACAAUGGGGAGCGAAGUGUCAAAAGAGAGGGAGUGUUGAAAAAGUUGCAAUUAUUUGCUUUUUUGGUUUCUGACUUUUGUUUUUCUAAACAUGGUCUCUCAUUUAUCUGGCUUUACAUCAAAGAGGCGUUGAGGAUUUCUGGGGCUUACACCAUCGACAUUGAUAGAGCGAUCGAUACUACUCACCCUGAGGUACUUACUACCUACCAUCAUUGAUUAUACCAUAAUACAGAAUGGCAAUUGACCAUCACCUGA